AUGGAAAAUUUAGAAUUGAGCCUGUCAUCACUGGGUACCAUAUCCAGACAUAUUGACAAAAGUCACAACGAACUCAGCAAGUAUUUAGCAAAACAGAUAUGGAGCCAGCAGGACAGACACUGCAUUCUGGCUUGUUUGGCUCAGCUUCUGUUGGAGAAGGACUAUACGCUGCUGCUCGCCCGCCACCUCCGGCCCCUGAUUCUUGACCUGCUGGAGAGGAACGCAGAGAGGAUCAAAGCAGAUGGCAGGAUCAACCAUGAUCUCCACGAGCGCCUGUGUGUGGCGCUUAGCAAACUCCUCGGUGUCAGUCCUGAUGCACAGGCGUUUGCUGCGAGGUACUUCAACAAUGCCCCUCCAGUGUUCCAGAGGCUCUUCUUCACCAGUGAAGAGUCCUCGUCUGUCCAGUACGGCCCCAGGAGGAUGAAACUGCGGGACUUGAUGGGCGCUACUCUCCGCUUCCUCCAGAGUGACUGUACCAAGUUCCGAGUCCUCUGGGACUGGAGUGCCUGCGUGUCUCAGCUACUCACCAGCGACGUCAUGGUUCGAGGUUACACUGCCCAGUGUCUGGCUCUGGUGUCUCACAUGACUGAUAAUCAGAAAUCCAUCUUCUUGAGAAAGGUGCUGUCGAGUGACGAGAUUCUGCACAUGAAGAUAAAGUCACUGGAGGAGACUCAGCAGUUGGAGGUAGAGAAGGCCCUGGUGCUGGCUAACCAGGGCACUGUGAUGUGGCACCAGGAGAAGGUGAACAAGUUCACCCGGGGCCAGGUGGUGUCAGAGGACCUGUCCCAGACCGUGGUGGCUGUGUGUGGGGUGGUGUUACCUAGGAUCGCCCCAAAACAGACAGAGCAGGGUAACCUAAAACAUCUGGUGCUAGUGGACUCAACCUGCCGCAACCUGCGGAGACUGGCCAUGGCCGUGGCAUCCCAGAAGGCUGUUCUUUUGGAAGGGCCCAUUGGAUGUGGUAAAACAGCCCUGGUGGAAUUCUUGGCUACAGUGACCGGACAUACCAAAACACCAGAGAUUCUCAAAGUUCAACUUGGGGAUCAAACUGACAGCAAAAUGUUGCUUGGGAUGUAUCGCUGUACUGAUAUCCCAGGGAAGUUUGUGUGGCAGCCAGGUUCCCUGACACAGGCUGUCUCUAAAGGACAUUGGAUCCUGUUGGAGGACAUUGACCAUGCUCCUCUGGAUGUGAUAUCUGUACUCCUUCCCUUGAUGGAGAGUAAACAGCUGAUGAUCCCAGGACGGGAGGACUGCAUUGAAGUGGCUCCAGGCUUCCAAUUCUUUGCUACGAGAAGAAUGUUCCACAGUGCCGGAGGCUGGUACAGGCCACAGAAUACCCACGCAGCUCUCUUGGACAAGUACUGGACUAAACUACAGAUUGGAAACAUGGCACGAGAGGAACUGAAGAAGGUGCUGGUGAACCGGUACCCUAAACUAACGGUUGUGGUGGAGCGCCUCCUGGACAUCUACUGCCAGCUGACUGGAGAGAGGCACCCUGACCCGGUGGCACUGGGCCACACAGACAGUCUUCAUGCCCCAGAGGUGUCUCAUCACAGGCUGGAGGACAAGACCACGUCCCUGGAAGGGAGGGGACUGUCAUUGAGAGACCUGCUGAAAUGGUGUGAGAGGAUCAGCAGUAACUUUGACAGCACCUCGUCUGCCUCCGCUCAACAUGUCUUCUUGGAGGCCCUAGACUGCUUUACAGCUAUGCUAUCCCAACCAGAGAGGAGGCUGUGCAUGGCUGAGGUCAUCGGGAGCAAGCUCAACAUCUCCAAAGAGAAGGCUGCACAUUUCUGCCAGAUGUACCAGCCUGGCAUCUCUGUCACAGAGCUGGAGGCCUUGGUGGGCAGAGUGACCCUGGAACGGAAGCAGAACGAAGUGGUCCGCAUCUGCAAUGAGAAGCAGACAUUUGCUGCCACGCGGCCCUCUGCAGUGCUUUUGGAACAGCUAGCGGUGUGUGUUACCCAGGGCGAGCCCAUUCUGUUGGUCGGAGAGACGGGCACGGGCAAGACAUCCACUGUGCAGUACCUGGCUGGAAUCACUGGACACAGGUUACGGGUGGUGAAUAUGAACCAGCAGAGUGAUACAGCUGACCUGCUAGGAGGGUAUAAACCAGUGGACCACAAGCUGAUCCUGCUGCCCCUGCGUGAGGCCUUCGAGGAUGUGUUCUCCCAGACUUACUCCCGCAAGCAGAACCUGACCUUCCUGGGCCAUGUUCAGACCUGCUUCAGGGGCAAGCGCUGGCAGGACCUCCUUAAGCUCAUGGACCACGUUUGCAAGUCGGCCCUCAGCAAGUCGGAGCUGCAGGAAAAAAACAAUGCUGCCUUGCUGCAGGAGCAGUGGGAAACCCUGGCCGUGAGGCUGGCUCAGACACAGCAGCAGAUCAGAGCCUGUGAGACCGCACUGGUCUUUGCCUUUGUGGAGGGGACUCUGGCCCAGGCGGUGAAGAAGGGAGAGUGGAUCCUGCUGGAUGAGAUUAACCUGGCUGCAGCAGAGACUCUGGAGUGUCUGAGUGGCCUGCUGGAGGGCACCGCCGGCUCUCUGGUGCUGCUGGACCGUGGAGACACUGAGCCCCUGGUUCGCCAUCCAGACUUCCGUCUCUUUGCCUGCAUGAACCCAGCGACUGACGUGGGGAAGAGGAACCUGCCCCUGGGCAUACGGAACAGGUUCACUGAGCUGUAUGUGGAGGAGCUGGAGAAUGAGGGAGACCUGCGCAUCCUGGUGUCUGACUACUUGAAAGGCCUGAACCCCAAUAAGAACGUCAUCAACGGGAUUAUAAGCUUUUACCUGAUGGUGCGUAAGGAGACUACCUCCAAACUGGUGGACGGAACUGGACAUCAUCCCCACUACAGCCUGCGUACCCUCUGCAGGGCGCUGAAGUAUGUGGCAGCCAACCCCUGCUACAGCGUCCAGCGCUCUCUCUACGAGGGCUUCUGUUUGAGUUUCCUUACCCAGCUGGACCGCAGCUCCCAUCCAAUGGUCCAGAAACUGGUGUGUCAACACAUCAUGGGGGGAAACAUCAAGUUUCUGAAGCAGCCCAUUCCGGAGCCCACGGGGCGGCCCUGCAUUCAGAUGGAGGGCUACUGGGUAUCCCAGGGGGAGAUGGAGCCGGCUCUGGACCCCAGCUACAUCCUCACUACCUCCGUCAAGCUUAACCUGCGUGACCUGGCCAGGGUGGUGUCCGCUGGGAGCCACCCCGUCCUGAUCCAAGGAGAGACUUCGGUGGGAAAGACCAGCCUGGUCAGGUGGAUAGCAGCUGCCACGGGGAACCAGUGUGUCAGGAUCAACAACCACGAGCACACAGACAUCCAGGAGUACAUGGGCUGCUACUCCUCUGACGGCAAGGGCAAGCUGGUCUUCAAAGAGGGCGUUCUGAUUGACGCUAUUAGGAAAGGAUACUGGAUUAUUCUGGAUGAGUUGAACUUGGCCCCUACUGACGUCCUGGAGGCCCUCAACAGACUGCUGGAUGACAACAGGGAGCUGUUUGUCGCAGAGACACAGGAAGUGAUCAAAGCGCACCCCCGAUUCAUGCUGUUUGCUACCCAGAAUCCUCCUGGUCUCUACGGAGGCAGAAAGGUGCUGUCCAGGGCCUUCAGGAAUCGUUUUGUGGAGCUUCACUUUGACGAGUUGCCUAGUGAUGAGCUAGAGACCAUCCUCUGCCAGAGAUGUAGUCUUCCUCCAUCCUACUGCUCCAAGCUGGUCAAAGUCAUGCAGGAUCUCCAGUCUCUUCGCAGGGGAUCUACAGUGUUUGCUGGGAAACAUGGCUUCAUCACCCUGAGAGAUCUCUUCCGCUGGGCCGACCGCUAUCGGCUGGAGGAGCAGACAGAUGCCUCCCGCGAUUGGCUGCAACAUUUGGCUGAUGACGGGUUCAUGCUGCUGGCUGGGCGGGUCAGGAAGCCAGAGGAGGCUUCCACUAUCCAGUCCAUCCUGGAGAAACACUUCAAGAGGACGGUGAACUCUGACACCCUGUUCUCAGAGCAACAACUCACCACACAGUUUAGUAAGUAGAGCCUGGAGUUCCGUCACGUGGUGUGGACGCGGGGGAUGAGGAGACUGGCCGUGCUGGUGGGACGGGCCCUGCAUUUCGGGGAGUCUGUUCUAUUGGUGGGAGACACUGGGUGCGGUAAGACCACCAUCUGCCAGCUGUUUGCUGCGCUGGCCGGACAGAAGUUCUUCUCCCUCAACUGUCACCUGCACAUGGAGACGUCUGACUUCCUGGGGGGCCUGCGUCCUGUCAGACAUACUGGGACACACCAGGCGGAUGCUGAGGACGGCAGGUUGUUUGAGUGGCACGACGGGCCCCUUGUCCUGGCCAUGAGGGAGGGGGGGGUGUUCCUCAUGGACGAGAUCUCCCUGGCUGACGACUCUGUGCUGGAGAGACUCAACAGUGUCCUAGAGACGGAGAAGUCUCUGGUGUUGGCAGAGAAAGGAAGUGGAGAUGACGAUGACGUGGAGCUGAUCAUAGCAGAGCAGAACUUCCGCCUGGUUGCCACCAUGAACCCUGGAGGAGACUUCGGCAAGAAAGAGCUCUCUCCUGCGCUGAGGAACAGGUUCACAGAGAUCUGGUGCCCUCAGAGUAACAGCCGCAGUGACCUGGUGCAGAUCAUCCAGCACAACCUGAGGACCAGCCUCUCAUUGGAUGACAACGACCACCAAGGUGGAGACAUCGCCGAGCUCAUGCUGGACUUUAUUGACUGGCUGACCAACCAGGACUUUGGGCGGCGCUGCGUGGUCAGCGUGAGGGACAUCCUGUCCUGGGUCAACUUCCUCAACCUGGGCGAGGAGGAGGCUGAGUGGGACCUCCGGCUGGACACGGUCACUGCCUUCAUCCACGCCGCGUGCCUGGUCUACGUGGACGCCAUCGGCUCAGGGACAACAGUAUCUGCUGCGGAGAACGCCCUUGUGGCGCGCAGGGCCUGUCUGAGCUUCCUGCAUACCAAGCUGGGUGGGAUCACCAAGCUGGACCAGGAGAUGCUAGACGCACUGAGGGUCUACGACACCAGCCUGCUCAGGGAGCCCCAGUGGGGGGAUGACUUUUUUGGCAUCGACCCCUUCUACAUCUCCUCAGGCCCGGAGAGUGAGAGCAGGAGCCUGACUGACUAUGCCCUAGCAGCAGGCACCACAGCAGUUAACGCCCAGAGGCUCCUGAGGGCCCUGAAGCUGCAGAGACCUGUGCUGCUGGAGGGCUCCCCUGGCGUGGGCAAGACCAGCCUGGUGGCCGCCCUGGCAAAGGCUUCAGGGAACCACCUCGUCAGGAUCAACCUCUCAGAGCAGACUGAUGUGACAGACCUGUUUGGGACCGACCUGCCUGUGGAAGGAGGGAAAGGGGGAGAGUUUGCAUGGCGUGAUGGCCCUCUCCUGGCUGGACUGAAGGCUGGACACUGGAUUGUCCUGGAUGAGUUGAACCUGGCCUCUCAGUCCGUGCUGGAGGGGUUAAACGCCUGCUUUGACCACCGUGCUGAGAUCUACAUCCCAGAGCUGGGCAUGAGCUUCCAGGUACAACACGAGAAGACAAAGAUCUUUGGCUGCCAGAACCCCUUCACUCAAGGAGGGGGGCGCAAGGGCCUGCCCAAAUCCUUCCUCAACAGAUUCACUCAGGUGUUUGUGGAUCAGCUGACCAGUGAGGACAUGGAAUUUAUAGGAGACGCCAUCUUCCCGAACAUUGACAAUCAGAUCAUCUCUAAAAUGGUGCAGUUCAACAACCGGCUGGUCCUUGAUGUAUCUGUGGAGAGGAAGUGGGGUCAAAAAGGAGGCCCCUGGGAGUUCAAUCUGCGCGACAUGUUCCGCUGGUGUCAGCUGAUGCAGACCGACCAAUCACCAGGGUUCUUCAACCCGGGUCAGCACGUGGGGUUGGUGUACGCUGACAGGAUGAGGACCGAGGCAGACAAGACCCAGGUGCUAUCUGUGUUCAGGAAAGUGUUUGGGGAGGACUUUGAGCCUUACACCGGAUCAAGACAAUUCCACAUCACUCCACUCAAUCUGCAGGUGGGAUUCUCUGUCCUCCAGCGUAGCGGUGGAUCCCCUGUGGCCCUAGACCCCCUUCUGUCUAUCACCCACCAGGCACUGCGACCCCUGGAGUCCCUGAUGAAGUGUGUGGAGAAGGGCUGGAUGGCGGUGCUGGUGGGUCCCACGGCCAGCGGGAAGUCCAGCCUGGUGCGCCUCCUGGCCCUGCUCACCGGACACCGCCUCCGGGUCAUGGCCAUGAACAGUGCCAUGGACACCACCGAGCUGCUGGGAGGGUUUGAACAGGUUGACAUCGUGCGGCCAUGGCAGCAGGUGCUGGAGAACGUGGACUACAUCGUUGCCAUGGUAACACGGCGAGGUCUGAUGUCAUUGGACGGGGCAGGGGUCCAGGACACAGAGUUCCUGCUGAAGACCUGGAGCCUGUUCUGUCGCUGGCUGAAGGAGGAGGGCCUGGAGAGGACCGGCGGGACAGUGACCUCCGAAGCUCUCAACAAACUGGAGGUCAUCAUCCUCCUGUUGCAGAAGCUCAACACCAAACUCAAGGUGUUCACAGACAUGUCCAAGCUGCAGAUGGACUUCACCCUGUUGAAGGAGCGUCUGGCCCAGCUGCAGGACGGCUGGAGUAACGGAGGCUUUGAGUGGCUGGAUGGCAUGCUGGUCCAGGCCCUGCAAGCUGGGGAUUGGCUGCUCAUGGACAAUGUCAACUUCUGCAGCCCCUCUGUGUUAGACCGUCUGAAUGCCCUGCUGGAGCCCGGUGGGUGUCUGACCAUCAACGAGCGUGGGGUCAUCGAUGGAACCACUCCUUCCAUCACCCCACACCCCAACUUCAGGCUGUUCCUGACUAUGGACCCAGUGCACGGAGAGAUCUCCAGAGCCAUGCGGAACCGAGGGGUGGAGAUCUACAUCCCAGGGGAACACGAGGGGGUCUGUUGGGACGCUCUGGACCUGAAGACUGUUCUCCACACCGCUGGUGUGACCGGAGACUGUGUGUGUGACCUGCUGAUUGAAAUACACACUGACAUCAAAGCUACCAUUUGGGAUUCCCCUUCAUCAUGUGUCUCCUCCCUGCUCCAUGCUGCAGCCCUGCUGUCCUGCCAGCUGCAGAGAGGGGUGGACCUGCCCAGAGCCCUGCAACACGCCUGUGGGGAGGCCUACUCCCUCUGCCAGCGCACCACCGCCAUCCAACGGCAAGCCCAGGAGGUGAUUGAGCGCCACCUGUCCAUCCUGGACACAGAGGACUGGGGCAGCGGGCUGCUGUGUGCCGGGGUGUGGCCCGACGGCUUCCCCUCAGCCCUGCUCUCCACCGAAGACUCCUGCUUCUCCUCGGUCCUCCGCGACGGACAGGUCCUCUCCUUCUGCCUCAACACACUCAGCAUGCAGGGGAAGAGGUGGACCAGGAGCCGUCCUCUGAGCCUGAGUGACCUCCAGAGGGCUCUGCAGAGCGGGACAGCGCUGCACGAGGGCCUGGUUUUCUCUGGCGGCGUGGUGGACCUGGAGGAGGACGGUGACACCCUGCGCUUGCUGCCUACCGCUGUCAGGCUACUCACCGAGAGGGCCUCGCACUCAGACUGGAUGCUCCGCACCGCCUGGCUCUCCAGCCUGGCCAAGAGCUACAAACACGCUCCUGAGGUGGCACUGGUGCAGCUGGAGGCAGGGAACAGAGCUCUGAAGGCCAUGUUCAGCAGCAAGCUGACUGUGAAGGGAAAGUGCCUCACUGAGCUGCUGCAACCACACAGCACAGAUGACUACAGGAUUCUGGUGGACAUGCGUUGGAACAAGCAGUACCUGGACAUUCUGGCCAACACGUGUAACUUUGAAGACGAGGAGAGGUACAUGGAGUUCAUGGAGGCUCUCAAUGCAGUGGCCAACAGGAUCAUCCUGUUGAUGGACAGAGAGGAGAGGGCUGCAGUGGGGAGCUGUGCUAUCAAGACAUCAGCACACAACAGUGCGCUGAGGCUGGCCACUGCUUUCUCCAAAGGGACGGUGGACAUUGGUCAUCUGCCCCACCCAGUGCUGAUGCACCUGCGCUCCUUCUUUGACCUGUGGGACACCUUCACACUGCAGGCCGUGCAGACUGGACAGCCCUACAUAUCUGACCAUCUCAUGUUCGAGAUCCUGCAGCUGCUGCAGUGGAGAGACCGGUUCUGGCAGGUGUGUAACUCGCUGCCUGCCGACUCCCAGGGAGUGUCGGUCCUCUCGCUACACUGGCAGUGGGUGCAGAAACACCUCAUCCUCCGGCUUCCACAGCUACUACUGGGAGAUGGCACCCAUGAUGGCCAGCAGGAGCUCCAGACAGUGUCAGCUGCCAUCCAGACUGUCCUGUCCACCUCUGUCACUGUGGCUACUGCCCUGAAGGGCAUCCAGAAAAUAUUGGGAAAACCCCUUCCAUUCAAGCUGGAGUCUGUAGCCGAGUGUGCAUCCCGGCUGAGGGUCCUGAGCAGGGCCCUGGACGUGGGCGACCUGAGGCUGGACAACACGGCCUCCCUGUGGAGACAGGAGCUGGUCCGCCUGCAGGGAGCCGCUCUGGGCCUGGACACCAAGGAAAGCCUGCUAGAAGCCUGGGGCCUGGUCCUGCUGGCCAACAACCAGCUAGAACCCCAGAACUCAGGUGUCCUAGAGAGGCUGGUGUCGUGCGUGCAGCAGCAGCAGGGUCACAUGACCUCGUGCGGCCUACUGGAGGUGCGCUCCUCUAUGCAUGACGAGGGGGAGCAGGGAGACAGCGCCGCUCCCUGUAGGGAGGUGUUACAGCAGCUCAGCCGCAGGGCCCAACUCUGGCCUCUCAUGGAGGAGCUGGCCGUACUCAACCAGCUCAGGCUCAGCACCGACCUGCUGCAGCUGGCUCUCACACAGGGUGACAGAGAGUCCGAGGACAGCCUGCGUCGCGAGGUCUCCCAACACCUGCGCUUCUGUCUCCAGUCCACCCCCAUGAACGUCAGCCAGCUCCAGCCUCUCUGGUUCCUCCUCAGCAGUGACCGGCCUUCGGAGGAGCUGCAGUUUGUGUGGUGUGAUCUGCUAUCAGAGGCCCUGGCGGCCCUGUGGAGCAGCAGUGUGACCUCUGACCCAGAGCGCUGGCUGAAGUGGGACCCCCUGUGUUCCAAGGGACAGGUGACAUCAUCCAAGACACCUCUGUCACCUGAAAACAUGGGUCCUGGCAUGCUGAGCAAAGCAGUGUGGUCAAGGUGCAUGUUGGGGGUUCUUAGCAGCAGCGAGAUGGGGGGUCGGUGGGACCCCACGGGGACGUCCCUCCUCUCCUCAUCCCGGGUCACCCUGGGGGAGUGGAGGGAGCGGACCCAACAGCUCCAAGACGUCACCGCCGUGCUGUGGGACAACAUGGCUGUCCCUGCCCUGGCUGAGUUCAGGGGUACUGACCUGCGGCUGCAGGGCGUGGUGCUGCGCCGGCAGCUACAGUCCAUAUCAGAGCUGCUGCCUCCAGGGCUGCAGGAGAGCUAUACAGAAACCUGUGAGAGCCUGGUGGAGGACCAGGACCCUCUGGUGGCCACCCAGGAGGUCCAGACCACCCUCACAGACUUCCUGCCCCCCAACCACCUCCCCGAAGGCCUGCUGGACGCCCUACUCACCUGCCUUCAGCAGUUUGUUCAGAACAGGGUCCAGGGCUCCAUCCGCGUCCAAGGCUUCAGCCAGCUGGUCCGAUCUGGGGUCUUCUGGGUCAACAUGGGCCUGCUGCAGAUCAAGACCUGGACCCCACAGACCAUCUUCGACCCGGCCGUGAAGAGGGCCUACAAGCUGGACUACGCCCAGGAGGAGCUGGCUUUGCUGCAGGAGGAGUGGAGAGGACGCAGUCUGUCCUCUCAGCUGCUGACUGGAGCUGAGCUGGAGGAGAGCAGCACCACCGAUGGCUUCCAGCAUCCUCGCAUCAGGUACCUGUGGAUCCGUAUGCAGCAGGUGAAGGAGCAGAUAGCAGAGCUCUCCAGAAAGCAGGCCUGCAGGCCCAACGAUCCCCAGUACGGAAGGCUGUUCCAGGAGCUGCAGCACUACCUCUGCAGCAUCGGCCAGCCGGCCUCCAUAGAGGAUCUGCUCUCCCACCUGCUCAAGGCCCUCCAGGGGAGCGGCACCAAAUCCAGGUCGGGGACUCAGGGCCUGCUGAAGGAGGAGGCCGUGUGGCAGGCCUCGCAGCACCGCUUCGCCCAGAGGCUGGCGGAGGAGUACCCGCUGUACCCUGACGUAGUGGGGCCCCUGAGGACUGCCAUCCUCCAGCUGAGGCAUGGUAUGAGACUGGUGGCAUCUGAGGUGGCCUCUUCCCUUACCCCGAUUCCAGGCCUGCCCAAGCUGGUGUCCUGCCUGCUGGCCUUCCCCUCUGUGUCCCCCAGCAUGCCUUCCUACCUAGCCAGGGCAGACUACCUGUGCUCCAGGGGCUGCAUGGAUGUUCUGAGGGGCCUAGGGAAGCUCGUACCCCAGCAGGACCUGGAUCACGUGGUCCCAGAGCCAGGGACGUUACUCCUGAACGCUCUGUUGUACCUGCAGUGCCACGCCCUCUCCACUGGUCAGCUCAGCCAGGACACACUCAAACUCUUCAGACACAUCUGUCAGGCUCUGGUGAACGAGUGGGACGAGCAGGAGAGGCGUGCACGGGAGAAAGAGCAGCUAGAAGCCAGUCUGUAUCGCCACCGCAGCAGACUCCACGGAACAGGUCUGAGUGAGGACGAGCAAGAGGAGAGAGACUUCAGACGCUGCUUCCCCCAGUUCAACAAGGACUUUGCUGACAUCACCACCCAGCCCAGUCUGGAGGGACCAGCAGACCGAGGAGAGCCAGAGGAGGAGGAAGUGACAGAGGAUCCCAACGAGGCUGGCUUCCUGUCUCCAGCCUGUAUGAACACUGUGGUACAGGUCCAUCAGUGCCUCUGUCUGGGCUACACCCAAUCACUGUGGUACCAGACCAGCGCUCCAGCCAAUCACAGCAAAGAUCACAUCCGAGCUCUGGUCUCCUCCUAUCAGACCACAGCCCCGGUGAUGUCACGCUUCUACCAUCUCAUGGACUCUGAGAUGGACCAGCAGCUGACAGGCACCCAGCUGCUUCUCAGCACCCUGCUCCAGAACACUGUCCAGGGGACUCCAGGUCCCGAGAGUCUGACCCUCCAACCAGACGGGCCCUAUGACUUCUACCAGCAGCCCAACAUGAGUGAGGCCCGCCUGUGUCUGCCUGUCCUGGAGCAGCUGGCCCUGGCCGUCGGACAGAGGCUGGAGGAGUGGCCCGAGCACCCCGCCCUAGUCCAGUUGACGGUGGUGAUGGAAAGGAUCAUGGCCUUCAGUCUAGCCAGCCCACUGGCCAAGUUCCUCAACGGGCUGGAGAUCCUGCUCAGCAAAGCCCAGGACUGGGAGAACAACGCCAGCCGCAAGGUCUCUCUGAGGAGGGAGCUGGAGCCUGUCACUAACCUCAUCAUCCAGUGGCGCAAACUGGAGCUCAACUGCUGGUCCAGCAGUCUGGACAAUGCCUUGAAGCGGCACACGGAGAGAUCCACCAAGCACUGGUUCUCCCUCUACCAGCUGGUUGAGAGGUACCAGGAGGAGCAGAGGAUGGAGGGCGAUGGUGUGGAGAGUCUGUCCCUGUCCACGGUCUCCUCCACGCUGCAGGCCUUCAUGGAGGGCUCCACACUGGGAGAGUACCACACCAGGCUAGUCAUGCUGCUCAGCUUCCACUGCCACCUUCUCCUGGCCCCCAGCCAGCAUGGACAAGAACCUCUCUGCCGUCUCCUAUGGAAUCUGCACAAGUACUACACACAGUUCUCAGAAUGCAUCCAGACCAAAGUCACUCAGCUCCGCCAGCCCAUUGAGAAGGAACUCAAGGACUUUGUGAAGAUCUCCAAGUGGAAUGACGUCAGUUUCUGGUCCAUUAAACAGUCAGUGGAUAAGACCCACCGAACCCUGUUUAAGUUUGUGAAGAAGUUUGAGGCGGCGCUGAGCGGGCCGGUUGCUCCUGCGCUGAUAGAGCAGGGCAGCAGUGCCAGCCUGGACAGUGUGGAUGCCAACGAAGAGAACACCCCACUCCACAGGGUUCACCAUGCCCUGAAGAACACCCUCCCUGGCAGGACCAGAGACCUAAAGAGUGAGUCCCCAGAGGAGGGACCGGCGGGUGUGGAGCCCUCGUCUCUGCAGGGCCGCCUGCCCCUCCUCACCAGGAAGAUGAGGAAGAUGUGUGUGACACUGGUGAAGAAGAACCCUCUGCCAGAGCUCUCUGAGGACCUGGACGUCUUCACCGGGGAAAUCAUCAGCAACCUGCGCGACCUCCAGAGCCUCACGAUCGACCUGAAAGCCGAGAAGGAGAAGCAGAAGUCAGAGGUCAAACACAUCCUCCAGCAGAAGCAGAGAGCCCUGUCUGACCUCUUCAAGAUGCUGGCUGAGAUCGGUCUGUCCUACCGUAAGGGCCUGAACUGGAGCAGGACAGCGGACCCAGAGGAGACCCUGUGUAUGCAGCCUCUGGAGCUGCAGACCGCCCUGGCUGCAGUCAGGACCCAGGAGCAGGCAGAGAAAACUUUGUUUACUGAGAUGAGCGCUGCGUGGGACGGCUGUCAGAAGUACUUCUACCGCUCGUGGGCCCGCAGAACAGCCAUGAUGACUGCCCUCCAGAGCGCUGCGAGGGAGCUGGGGAUUGGGAACAUUGAUCGUUGCCGAGGCUUCUCCUCCCACCUGUUCAAGCUGCUGCUCAGACAAAGGCGACGCCUGGCCAAGCUCACAGAGCAGUGGGUCCACCUCAGGAGGCUAACAGCCAGCGUGCAGGGCAUCCAGGCUCACCUCCAGUCCCACAGUGAGAAUGCGGGUGGCCUUCCCCCCCAGGCUUCCCUCCAGGGCUGGGUGAUUAAGGCCCAGGGUCUGGCAGGGCAGUGUGCCACCCUCCUCCAGCAGCUAUCCUGGGUGCUGCAGUGCUGCCCCGAUGGCCCCCAGCAGAUGGAGGGGGUAGACGGGCAGAGGGAGCCCACCCUGAGUUGCCCGUCCCCCGUGGCGGCUCAAAGGCAGCCCCCUGGGUGUCUGCUGAGGAGAGGAGACCCGGCCUGGAGCCAGCUGAGUCGGCGUGUGGUGGACAUGUUGGGUCAAACCCAGAUCCUGAAAGAGGAGCUGGAUGCAGUGGCACUGCAGUCCACACAGGGGGCGCUGCACUCCUGGAGCCACUUCUCUGUGUGUUGCUCUGGCUAUGACCGGCUGGGUGCCGUGGCGGCACAGAUGCCCAUGGUGGAGCAGCUCUUCACCCCCAACACCCCAGAGGGCACGGCUGACACCCAGCCUGGUCUGACCCGUGGCUUGCAGUACGUCAGGGGAGAGGUGGAGUCUAGCCUGACUGAGUUCACCACCUGGAAGACACAGCUACUCUCCCUGGGCUACGGACACACAGGUUACCAGCAAACAUUCCAUUCCGAGUUCUCUGCUGAGCUGGAGAAGGCCAUCAACACUGUGCUGGUUGCCGUGCAGACCCUAGUGAAGAGAAAGGAUGGGGAGCAGUUGAGAGAACAGCAGACAGACACCAAGAGAGUUCCAGAAGGUGAGGAGGAGGAGGAGGAGCCCCAGGAGGACCUGCUGAAGCCUGGUCACCUGAGCCGUCUGCUGGAAGAGGAGUUGGGAGCAGAGGUGGCGUCUCUCUCCCUGGGGGAGGUCAGCGACACGCUGGAACAGCUACUGGAGAGACUCCGAGUCCACCGAGACUCCUGUCCACCUCAGCAGCUUCAGCUGAGUGAGGCUUGCAGGCUGCUGGUGCGUCUAGACCCCAUGCUGGGGCUGUACUCGGAGCUGGUAUGCUACUACCUGGCUGUGUCACUGGGAGCCCACAGGAGCACUGGGAAACUGCUCUCUGUCCUGGCCGGCAUCUUCACUGAGUUAGCCCAGAAGGGUUUCUGCCUCCCCCAGGAGUUGGAGGGAGGGGAUGGAGAGGGGGCCACAGAGUUCCACGACUACGAGGGCGGUGGCAUCGGCGAGGGAGAGGGCACCAAAGAUGUCAGCGACAAGAUCGAGAACGAAGAACAGGUGGAGGACACUUUCCAGGAAGGCCAGGAGAAGAAAGAGGAGGAACCUGACAAGAAGAACAUUGACGAGGAGGAUAACGCUAUCGAGAUGUCCGAGGACUUUGACGGUCAGAUGCAUGAUGGAGACCAGCAAGAGCCAGGUGAGGAUGACGUGGAGGAGUCUGACAAAGAGGAGGAUGACGAUCUGGAUAAGAAGAUGGGCGACCUGGGAGAGGGCCAAACGGACACGCUGGAUGAGAGGAUGUGGGGUGAUGAUGAGGAGGAAGAGGAGGAAGAGGAGGAGGGCAGUGACAAGGAGGAAGAGUCAGGCCAAGGAAUGGACCAGGGGGAAUCAGACCUGGUAGCCAAGGAUGACAACCUGGAUGCAGCGGACCCCAAUAAAGACAACAAGAACAAAGACGACAAAGACGAACAGUUGGACGAGGAGGAAAAGGAGAAGAUCCAUGAACAAGGGGACGAGCGGGAGUUUGAUGAGAACGAGGUGGACCCGUAUCAUGGGAAGCAGGAGAAGAAGCCUGACCCGGAGGCCAUGGACCUGCCUGAUGAACUCAAUCUGGACCAGGAGGAGGACCAGGCCGGGGACGAGGGAGAGGGAAACGAGGAAAACCCGUUUGACAUUGACGAGACGCCAAUGGAGCUGGAGGAGGAUCAGACAGACAAACAAGGAGAGGAAGAAGGCCAGGAACCCAAGACUGAGGAGGAAGAGGGAGGUGGAGAACAAACAGAGGAGGAAGAGGGAGGAGGAGAACAAACAGAGGAGGCAGAGGAAGAGGGAGGAGGAGAACAAACAGAGGAGGCAGAGGAUGAGGAGGAGAAGGACAAAGGACAAGAGGCAGGGAAAGAGGAGGAUGUGGCCAUCCCUACAAACGAAGGCCAGAAACCAAAGGAGGAGGAAGGGGAGGGUGAGGAUGAGGAGCAGCCAGAAUCGGCAGAGAGGAAGGAGCACAACACAGAUGGUCAGACAGGAGAGGAGAACGUCCAGAGUGAGACCGCUGUGGAGCUGGCAGGGGACGCAUCCGAGAGAGACCAAGCUAAAGAAGAGCGUGGUAGUGGAGCGGCUGAUGCCAGCCAGUCGGAGGGACACGAGUCCAAACUCAUGGCAAGGAUGUCUUCUCAGAAAGCGAGCAAGACACAGAGCUUCAAAAGGAAGCCGGGGCAGGCUGACAACGAGCGUUCGACGGGCGACUACAACGAGCGAAUCAACAAGCGUCUACGCACGGUGGAAAGCACUACGGAGAAGACGUUGGAGAACAAACAGACUCAGGCCCAGCAGGAGUCAGACCUGUACGAGCAUAUCAAACAGGGAGAGAUGGCCUACGACACACAGACAUACGAUGUUGCCAGUGCAGACCAGCAGAAACCAGACGGAGCCCCACAAGAUGAGGACCAAGAGGACGACGACAUUGCAAUGGAUACAGAGGAGCAGGAAGAGGACCUGCGGGCUGUUGACGCACAGGAGUUGAAGCCAGAGCAGCUGGACUCGACCAGAGCGUCACAGAAAGGUCUGGACAGUGGAGAGCUGGAGGCUCUGAGGCAGCAUGAGGAAGACGAGGAGAGGCCAAAGGACACACAGGGUCACAGUGACGAGGAGCGCCCAGAGAGGAGCACAGAGUCUACCAUCCACACUGUCCCAGAGCUGCUAAUGAACACACUGCAGAACCCAGUCCGCGACCCAGAGGAGCUGAGGAGGGAGAUGGAGCUGCAGCUGGAGGCCUGGAUGAAACAGGCCCCUGGAGACUGGGAGGAGGAGAGUGCAGCGGCAGCCAUGUGGCACCAGUACCAAACGUUGACCUCGGCCCUGUCCCAGCAGCUGUGUGAGCAGCUCCGCCUCAUCCUAGAGCCCACGCAGGCGGCCAAGCUCAAAGGAGACUUCCGCACAGGAAAGCGUCUGAACAUGCGGAAGGUGAUCCCCUACAUCGCCAGUCAGUUCCGUAAAGACAAGAUCUGGCUGAGGAGAACCAAGCCCAGCAAGAGAGAGUAUCAGAUCUGUCUGGCCGUGGACGACUCCUCCAGCAUGGUGGACAACCACUCAAAACAGCUGGCCUUUGAAUCCCUGUCUGUGAUCGUCAACGCUCUCACUCUCCUGGAGGUUGGGCAGGUGUCUGUGUGCAGCUUUGGAGAGACAGUGCAGCUUCUCCACCCGUUCCAACAACCGUUCAACGAUCAGUCAGGUGCUAGGAUACUGAGGCUCUGUCAGUUCCAGCAGAAAAAGACCAGGAUAGCCCAGUUCCUGGAGACCUCAGCCAACAUGUUUGUAGCAGCCAAGCAGCACAGCCUUGGAUCCAUGAACACAGAGACGGCCCAGCUGCUGCUCAUCGUGUCGGACGGCAGGGGGCUCUUCCUGGAGGGGAAGGACAGGGUGACGGCUGCCGUGCAGGCGGCUCGCAGCGCCAACGUCUUUGUCAUCUUCGUGGUGCUUGACAACCCCAACUCCAGGGACUCCAUUCUGGACAUCAAGGUGCCCAUCUUCAAAGGUCCAGGAGAGAUGCCUGAGAUCCGCUCCUACAUGGAGGAGUUCCCCUUCCCCUUCUACGUGAUCUUGAGGGACGUCAAUGCCUUGCCAGAGACCCUGAGCGACGCACUGAGGCAGUGGUUUGAACUCGUCACGGCAACCGACCAGUAGGCCAAUGAGAAGAAACCAUCUGAGAGUGCAGCAACCAACCGCACAACGCCACUCUGCUGCUAGCCUCUCGACAACACACAGACUCAAAAACAGGACUCACAAAGGAAGACGGACUUGCCACUGUAUAUGUGCCUUUUUUCUUAUUUUUACUCUAAUUUUAGUAGACUGUAGAGUUUGAUAGCAACCUCCGCUGGUUAGUCCUUGUCAUCAGGCCGGGGGGAUUCUGGAAGUUCUUUCGUAAUGUAAUUAGCAUUGCUUUAUCUUGCACGUCUAUAAAAAUGUUAGAAAACAAACAAAAUGUGAUUUCCUUCCGUUUGAACAAGAUACCUCUUUUCCCUGUGUACUAUAACCCCCUUCAUGUUGUAUGGAUGUUUUCAGUCUAACAUGCUCAUCAAGACAUUCUGCUUUCAUGUAAACACAUCAAAUGGCCAUGUAUCGAGCUGACAGUGUUGUGAUGUUAAUGCACUGUUUGUCAAAUAAAAAAUAACAAGAAAAAAAAGAACCCCCUUAAUUAUAUCAUGGCAAAAGAAAAGCAUGCUGAUAUGGGCUUGAUCCAUUUAAAAAGUAAUCCCAAAAUUGUGCCUUGAAAAAAUGUUUCUGCAUCUCACUUUACACUAUGUGCUUUAAAAAAUGCAUCCAUUGUUUACUUGGACAUUAUAAUUCUGCCCAAAAUAAUGUGGUGUUAUUAUAAAGCUUCUCUCUCUUUUUCUCUUUCUCUCUUUCUCUCUUUAUUUCUAUAAAGGUCAAUGUUUUUGGAAAAUGUGGUUCUUAUGCACUUUGAAGCACAAGGACUGCUAAUAACAAUUUUGAUAAAUGCUCCAAUUGGUUCCAUUUCUCUGGUCUUAGGCUAUGUUUAGACAGGUAGCCAAAUUCUGAUCUUUUGACGAAUCAGAUCAGUUCUGAAAAAUAUCUGAUGUCAAAAGAUAUGUGAUUGGUCAAAAUACCAAUUUGGAAGUUGUGCUACCUGUCUAAAUGCAGCCUAAGCGACAUCACAACUACAUCUGUUUUGCACCUCGACUGUACUGUAGAUAAGGUUCAUUCACUGACACGUCAUUAGAAAAUACCAUUGCUGUGACAUUAGGAAAACAGUGGUUGAUGAAUGUGCAUUGAAAUGUUUAUCGCCAAGGUGAUUUGUAAUGUGGAAAUAACUAAGCAAACAAAUGAUAUUCAUGUUAGUUGUUCAUACCAUCUAUCAAUCACAUAUGACACGAUACAUUGUAUGAUGUUAGGGUUAAUAAACUUUUUAAAAUGU